AUGCCAUCUCAUUCGUAUGUACUUCUUGUAGCUAUCUUCAGACCUAUUUGCUUGCUUGCUUCUUCUUCUCCUCGUCUUCCACUUCGUUAUCAUCAGGUGACCGGCACGAUCCUCCGUAAUCCUCUGCUUGGCCCCAACUUUUCAACAGCUUUGUCUGCAUUCCUUUGCCCGAUCCCACCCGAGCACGCUGGCAAAACGCUCAAGCAAUGGAUUAGCUCACGCCUAUUCUCUGAUUUGGCAGGAGUUGUGCAGCAUAAAGGCGUGGCUUAA